AUGGAUUCGAAAUCGAGCGUAAAAUCAUCUCAUGGAGCAAUAGCGUCUUAUACUCGUCAACCACGACAACGUAUGAGACAAAACUAUGUUCUCCUAUGGGUAGAUACCAGCAUCCAUCAAACAAACGAAGAUUAUGAAAAUACAUUAAAACAGAUACGAACUAUUACCGAUGAUGUCAAUGUCUUUACGCAACGAGAUGCAUGCAUCGAAUUUCUUACAAAUGCUCAAGAUGACAUCAGGUCUGUUCUCGUUGUCAAGGAUACUAUAGCUCAGCAAAUUAUGCCCUUCAUCAAUGAUAUUCCUCAGCUGGAUAGUGUUUAUAUCUUCAAUGAUAUUAAAUCCUUACAGGAAGAAUGGGCAACAAAAUGGCGAAAAAUUAAGAGCGUUCAUACCAACAUCGAUGACUUAUGUCAAGCUUUAAAAAUCAGUACCAAGCAGUUCAAUCAAGAUUCUACUGCCAUGAGUUUUCUCACGGUAGAUGAAAUGGCUUCAACUGAGAAUUUAAAUCAGUUGGAGCCAACUUUUAUGUAUACACAAAUAUUCAAGGAUAUUCUUCUUGAUAUGGAACAUGGUAAUCAAGCCAUCAAACAAUUUACUGCUUAUUGCCGACAUAAUGACUGCGUGUCACCAAUCUAUAUUGACCUUUUUGAGAAAGAAUACCAUGCUCAAUUAGCCAUCAGGUGGUACACUUUUCCAUCCAAUAUCUAUUCAAUGCUCAAUUAUGCUCUUCGCUCUAUGGACGGUGAUACUAUUAUUAAUAUGGGUUUUUUCAUUCAUGAUCUUCACAAACAAAUCCAACAACUAUAUCUACAGCAGGUUCAUGGUUAUCAUGGAACACCAUUCGUAGUUUACCGGGGACAAGGUUUAUCCAAAGCAAAUUUUGAAAAACUGCAAAAGACAAAAGGUGGUUUAAUGUCUUUUAAUAGCUUUGUGUCCACUAGUACUCAGCAAGGCAUGGCUCUCGGACUUGCUUAUAGUGCGCCACAAAAGGAGGAUAUGGUUGGUAUUUUCUUCAUAAUGUCCAUUGAUCCUUGUAUUAAAUCAGCACCAUUUGCCUCCAUCAAAGAGGAGAGUUAUUUUAAGGAAGAAGAUGAAAUUCUCUUCUCAAUGCACACUGUCUUUCGGGUGAAUGCAGUUAAACACAUGGACAAUGAGAAUCAACUUUAUCAAGUUGAAUUAGAAUUAACAUCAGAUGAUGACCAAGAAUUACGAUUACUUACUGAUCGGAUACGAAAAGAAGCUAGUGGUGAUACUGGAUGGCAGAGAUUGGGUAACCUAUUGCUAAAAAUUGGUCAAUUUAAUAAAGCUGAAGAACUUUAUAAUGUAUUACUCGAACAGGCAUCUAAUGAAGGUGAAAAAUCGUUUUAUUAUAAUCAGCUUGGAAAUGUCAAAGAUGGUCAGGGUGAUUAUGAAAAGGCCAUUUGGUGUUACACACAAAGACUUGAAAUUGUACAAAAAUUUCUUUCUUCAGAUGAUCCUCAUUUGGCUGCUUCAUACAACAACGUCGGUAUGGUGUAUUCUAAGAUGGGGGAGUACUCGGAAGCACUUUCAUAUUACGAAAAGGCACUUCAAAUUUUUCAAAAAACUCUUCCUUCAAAUCAUCCUCACUUGGCUACUUCAUACACGAACAUCGGUAGCCUGUAUAACAAAAUGGAAGAGUACUCGAAAACACUUUCAUUUUAUGAAAAAGCACUUCAAAUCUAUAAAGAAACUCUUCCUUCAAAUCAUUCUUUACUAGCUACUUCAUACAACAACAUCGGUAAUGUCUAUUACAAGAUGAGAGAGUACUCGAAAGCACUUUCAUUUUACGAAAAAUCACUUGAAAUUCGAGAAAAAACUCUUCCUUCAAAUCAUCCUGAUUUAGCUACUUCAUACAAUAACAUUGGUGGUGUAUAUGGCAACAUGGGAGAAUACUCGAAAGCACUUUCAUUUUUUGAAAAAGCACUCGAAGUCUAUCAAAAAGCUCUUCCUUCAAAUCAUCCUGAUUUGGCUGCUUCAUACCACAGCAUCGGUAGUGUGUAUUACAAUAUGAAAGAGUACUCGAAAGCACUGUCAUAUUGUGAACGUGCUCUGGACAUAUUCCAACGUGCAUUACCUCCAACGCAUCCUCAUAUCAAAAGUGUGAAAAAGAGUAUUGAAAUUGUAAAAAAGAAAUUAUAA